ACAUUACUACUAAAAUAUAACGUCAUGCUGACACCAUGUUAACCCGUCUCGCUGUGAUUCUGUUAUUACUCAACACAGAUUAACCGGGCGGGGCUUGACAAAGUUUUGACAGAUCAUUUUUGUCUAGCUGUACACAUGGAGCACAAGUUAGAAAUGGAGAAGUGCAGUGGUUGAUUCCAGAGGGAAAACUGAAGCAGAAGCUCGGACCUCCCCUACGCUAAAAUGAGCAGAUGCUUUCCAGAUGAAGUAAUCUUCAACAGAAAUCUUGCAGACGUGAAGUUGACACACAGUGACAUGAUUCAGAGGAAAAUUAUUCAGGAGAAAGCAGAUUCAAUGUCCAGGCGAUCAGACGCUGCUGAUCACUCAUCUGAGGCGAGACAGUACAUGUUUAAGGGUGUAGGAACUGGAAGCAUUCAUGCUAGGGAUGAGAAUAUUGUGCAUGGUGGAAUCACUGGUUUUAAUGAUGGUGUGUUAGAGAACAGCAAAAUUAAGAACAUGCUAACUGAGAAUGAACAACCACACAACAACAACCUGAAGGAUGGCUUCGCUGCCACCACUGACAGUCUGUCCAACCAACACAGCAGUAAGACAGAACUAUCAUUACAACAUGGAGAACUCUCAGCCGGCAAUCACAACCAAACAGAAAACAACACCAAGGAGGGAAAUUCCCUGUUUAAUUUUCUCCAAACAUUUCCUAGAGGAACUGAGGACACGUCUGAAGAGGACAGCCCACCAUUACACAUUAAACUGCUGGCCAGUAAUGACGAUCUCUUAUAUCUCUCUUACAACAACUUAAAGGAUAACUCAGGGAAGCUUAGUGGCACUUUCCGCAGUUCCCCAAAACCGGCAUUACGUUUCACUGCUGAGACGGAUCCGCUAAGUGAGCACAGUAAAUGUAUUGACUGGGAUUAUAGUUUCCUGGACUCUGGCACUGAAAAGAAAUCUAUUGCAGUGUCCAGAAAAUGCACAGCAAAUGAUGAUAUGAAACGCUCUAACAGUAAUACCAAGUUUGUGUCAUUUAGAGUGAAGAGAACUCUACCUAAAAUGCCCACAUUUUCACUCAGUACGCAGUGUUCUGAUCAAGAAGAUAUCAUUGAGGAGCCAUUGGAAAUGCAGCAACUUCAGACAACGGAAGAUUUUGAAAUACUGCCAGUGGAAAUGGCUGCCUACCCUACAGAUUUCAAUUCUUUAAAGACAGAUGAGGAUGAUGGCCUGAUGGACUGGUGGGAAACUGUUGAGGGUUGGAGUGUAUGGAAUGAAACAGCAAAUUUUCAUGAGAAUAAGGAGGAGUUGAUUGUCGAGGCUGCUGCAGACCGUGUGUUCAUGGCAGCCCGUCUCUUUGUCAGUCUAUUCAACCAGCGUGGAGCCUCUCUGCAACGUCGCAUUGUAGAGUUGCUUGCACUAGCGGACACUGCUGACAGCUUCCAUAAGAAGGCCGUAAGCGCAGCUAUCGGAGGGGGUGUGGCUAGUGUGGCCGGGAGCAUAGCCACAAUUACCGGCCUCAUCCUGGCACCCUUCACCUUUGGCACCUCCACUAUCGUUACUGCGGUGGGUAUCAGUGUGGCAACAGCUGGAAGCAUCACCUCAGCCACAGCUAACAUCACGGAUGCGGUUCAAUCCAAGAUGGACCGCAAGAAGGUGGAAAAGAUGAUCCAGGGCUACCAGAAUGAGAUCAAUGACAUCAGAGAUUGUCUGGAAUUCAUGCAAGAAGGAAUGAACACCCUGCAAGAAUGGGAUUUUAAGGAGUACUCUGAGAGUGUGGUCAACACGAGUCUUAGCCGUAACAUAAAGUAUGUGAUGAAGGAAGGUGGGCGAGCAGGUAAAGCGCUCAUGAUUAACACUGAUAGGCUUAUCAGCACUGUGAAAGUACUAGGUGUUGCCGGAGGUGCGGCCAAAGCCGCCAAGGCCAUCAGUAUCACCACAGGGGUCAUGUCCACUCUCUUUCUUGCCCUGGAUGUCUUUUUUCUUGCUAAAGACUCCAAUGAACUCCGCAAAGGUGCCAAGACCAAAUUUGCUUCCAAGAUCCGAGAAGUAUGCAAAGAGCUUCAAAACGGCCUACUGGAACUAAACAAAGUGAAGACUCAGCUUCAGAAGACCAUGGAUGGAAUUGAAGUGGAAGAAUAUGAAGAAGAGGAGGAGGAUGAAGACAGAUGUGAGUCAGAUCCUAUUAAUCUGGCUCUACUUGAGAAAGAACUUGAUCAGUUGGAGGAGAAACUUGACCAGAAAACUACACAUGAGCAAAUGAACAAAAGCAAGACAGGAGAGGCUGAAAAAGAGACCACAAAAAAGAAAGAAAAUGAGCAGUCAAGGAGCAAAAAGGUGAUAAAAAUGAUAUUAAAAAAGUGAGCCUUAAAGGUGCAUUGUGUAAAAUUUAGGAGGAUCUAUUGACAGAAAUGCAAAAUAAUAAACAUAACUAUGUGUUCAAGUGGUGUAUAAAGACCUUACAUAAUGAACCAUUAUGUCUUUAUUACCUUAGAAUGAGCCAUUUCUGUCUACAUACGACGCGGGUCCCCUUACAUGCUUCUACAGUAGCCCUAAACGGACAAACUGCUCUACAGAACGCGUUUCGUCAUUCUAAAUCGUUUGUGGUUUUAGAGGCAGCUUGUAUCGUCACUACGUUCAAUAUGCACAAAGUAGUAGUAGUUGACGUCUGGAUUUUUAGAAGCAGAGACCAUUCUUUGUUAGAAGUGAGAAGAAACCUCAUUGAUUCACUGUACUCUCUGCUGUCUCAGACGACGAUCUUUGUCUUGUGUCGGCCAGACGGCCACCAUAGCUUCUCUGAAAGGGAGGGGUGAGCUCUGUUGGUUGCAGUUCGCAACCUCACCGCUAGAUGCCGGUAAAAUUUACACAUUGCACCUUUAACGGUGAGCUAACAUAUGGAAACAACAAAAGCAGGAUGGUUGCUAAAUCAAAUUCAAAGAUUUGAAAGGGAAAA